UACGGGGAAAAUGAGACAACUUCUCCACACACAUAACUCAUCAUGCAGUGGGGUCAGAAGCGGGGGGACAGGGGGACAUUACCCCACAAGAAAUUCAGAAAAAUCUUACAUUAAUAAGCCCAUGCUCCUCCCUUUCUCACAACGUUAAUGUCGCAUAUGUCCCCCAAAUUCCGUCGCCACUGCAUCACUGAGUCUCAGGGAGAGCGAGCAACCAAAAAGAACCCGGCAAUGUUAAUCUCGUGCCACGCUGCGUGCUGGCCACGCUGCGUGCUGGCCACGCUUCGACGAGUGUUGUGCCUCGCUCUCCUCUUCUGACUCAGCAUCGUAUUCGCUCCUGUCCUUUUUUUGAUUUUCAAUUUUUUUAAUUUUUGCAAAGUUAUUAGUUUCUAAGAAUUAGAAAAUGGCGAAGGCGAAGGCAAGGAAGAAGCCUGUUUCUAGGAAGAAGAAAGAAAACAGCAGAAUUGAAAAACCUACAAAUAAUGACUCUCUUCUGCAACGAGGCAUUUCCAAAGGUCGUCAAAAACGUUCAAAUAAUGACUCGCUUAUGGCAAGCAUUUCCCAAGCUCGUCAAGCAGCCUUGGUCUUGCUGACGAAGGCCAACACGCUGAAUGAGGGUAUGCGCAGAAAAUCCAAACAAUUUGAGAAGAUUAGAGCAGCGAAUAGGGCAUUUGACUUUUGUCGAAGUGGUCGUUCAGUAUGUCAGACAUGCCAACGGAGCCUGGGAGGACGAAGGGGAUCUACGGGGGGACUAUACUGUCAGUUUACCUGUCCGGAGAAGACCGUUUUCUGCUCUGAAGUGUGCAAAGAGAAAGGUUGCCACAACUGCCUGCUUUAUAAGUACCGGACUGGGGAGUUGCAAAGUGCGGUCCAAAUUCCAAUUGAAGACCACAUUUUGGCUGAUAUGCCAAUAAUCCUUGAAAUACCGCGCGUCGCGUAUUACUGGCAUCAGAAGUCUAUCCAAACCGUCAUCGAAGUACCUUGCAUUCAAUGUGGCUGUACAAAUCCUGAAAAUUGGGUCAAAGAGGAUGUAGACCAGUAUGCUAUUAUUGAUGAAAUGAAGACCACUGACUGCAAAAAGUGCAAAUGGCCACUGUGCCCUGAUCCUGCUUGUAAAAAGCUACAUGGCAAAGAAUGCAGAGACUUGACCAAUUUCGCUCGUUCAUUUGAAUCACAAGGAUUAAGACAUCCGAUGCUAAUGAAUCGCGACCGUGCCUUCUGGAUGCUGGGACUAAUGCGGCUAUCUAUCCUGCAAAAGAGGAACAAGGAUUUGUUUGCAUGCUUUGAGCUUCUCAUGAGAGGGAUGCAUGCUCCCUUGAACUUACGCGUGAUGAUGAGCGAUAUUUUAACAUGUUCUUGGAAGAGUUUGAGAAUCAUUUUAGUACUUUUCGGCUCUGGAGUACCAUCGACGUAAAACGCAUCGUGGAUGCGCUUCUCUACUACCCUGUACAUGCAGCUAGCAUUUCUUGGAUGGAGGCACACGCGGGCGUUAUUAACAAGUGCGUCCUGCUUGGAGUCAAGUUCCACUAUGGAUGUACUUCAAAUGUCAUCCUGACCAAGGAACUGGGUGCGAAUCGAGUCCUCUUGAAGACUCUGAGGCCAGUCGAACAGGACGAGAUAUUAACCUUGGGAAUAUACCAGUAUGGAUACUCAGCACUCAUUGCGAAUCCCAUAUUCGAUUCGGACACGGUUGGAUUUGGUGAUUAUCUAAAUGUGCGAGAACUAAGUCACAAGAAGGAAUGUACCUCGUCAGCAUGCACAAUUUGCUUGGGAAAAGAGGCAGGAAAUAUGCUUCAAGUGGGAAAACUCCGAAAACUCUGGGGAUAUUCAGCAUUGUGCAAAAAGAAGUUGCAGAUGACAACGUUUUAUCCAGUGUUGACGAUAAAGGCUGACCGAAGUCGCAAGGUAGAAUGGAUGUGUGAAACAUGUGGAGGAGCAUGUAAAGGUUCUAAAGAGGUGGACUAUCGACGUCUGCGUUUUAAAAAAGUGCGGAGGAUGAUCCUUGAAACAUCUGUGCUUACACCAUUGGAUAAGCUAGGAGGCGUGGUUAAGCAUUAUUAUGACAAAACUGUCAGGUUUUAUCGACUUGAUAAGAUGAUGAUUUUAUCCGCUGUCAUCGAACAGGUUCGAUAUUAUGUUAAAAAUAAACUUGAAAAUGUUCCGCCGAAUGGUCCCCAUCCGUUACUUACCAUGGCGGAGUACAAUAGUGUGAAGAAGAUUUAUAAUCUCUACUUCAAAGAACUCUGGGGUCUUGAGGACACUGAUUUUUUUCGACGUGAAACUGAGCAAAUAAAGUGGCUGGAAGCAACCAGUUAUAUGUGGACUGAGGUGCGUGGGGCCACAAUUAAGGACUAUUGCGACAAGCACGAAAUAUUUCACGAAACCACCAAGAACAUGGAAAUACUGUUGGGGUUACCCAGCUUCCAAUCAGUCAUAAACGGCAACUUGGAAAUUAUUGAGGCUCGAUUAACUUCAGUCGUCGAUCGCCUACACCCAAAAUAAACUAUUUUGGAAAGUAUCCAUACCACUCAGCCUUUUUCUACAACGGAAUUGAAAUCUGAAAUCUUAUGCUUCCUAAUUUUUUUUACUUCUUUUUUAAUCCUCUGGCAAUUGUGCCUCCAUUCAGUUUUAUUUUUAAUAAUUAUGCAGAUAGACGAAAAAAAUGGACAUAGCUGGUAGAAAUGAGUUCAGUAAUAAAUUCAAUUUUAUUCAGAUUA